UGGGGGGUGCGGGGCCCGGCGGCAUGGAGGGGACGCUGGAGCAGCACCUGGAGGACACCAUGAAGAGCCCGGCCGUGGUGGGCGUCCUCUGCACCGACUCGCAAGGGCUCAACCUGGGCUGCCGAGGAACCCUCUCGGAUGAGCAUGCCGGCAUCAUCUCCGUCCUCGCCCAGCAGGCAGCCAAGCUCACCUCCGACCCCACCGAUACGCCCGUGGUGUGCCUGGAAUCGGACAGUGGGAAUAUCAUGAUCCAGAAGCACGACAGCAUCACUGUAGCAGUGCACAAGCUGGCGUCCUGACCUUCGGGAAGCUGCGCAGUGCUCCACUCCCACCUCCGGCCCAGCUCCUCCUCACUGGACAACCACUCUCCUCUGCUGCUCCAGCGCAGAACGUGCUUGUAGUACCAAACCUGGGCUGAAGGCUCGCUCUCUCCCUCUAACAGCUCCCGUGCAGCUAUCGGGCUCUCCAACUCACUUCUACUGCUGAGGAUGAAACAUAGGUCACCCACCAAGCUCGUGUAAUGAUCAGAUACUACAAGGUGUAUGUAUGUGUGUGCGUGGCCUUAUUUGUUGGAGAAAUCAAUAAAUGACCUGCAAAAACA